CCUAGGCAGCAAUAUCUGCAAAGAGUACAAUUUAGGAUUUGAUCAGAGCUGAAAAGAAUUGUAAUCAUGGGCUCUCAGGUGUUUCAAACUCUAAGGCAGGGAGUGUGGGCAUCCUUGACAGGGGGUUGGUACCAUGACCCGGAGCAAGACAAAUUUAACAACUCAUGUCAUCUCUACCUAUGGGUUUUCCUAGUGAUUCUGCCCUUAUCACUGCAUCUGGUCUAG